AUGGCUGUAACACUGAAGCGCAAACGCGGCGCUGUAUCGUACAAGGAGCCAAGCAGUGACGAUGACCUCUCUGAAAGCUCCGGUUAUGAGCAAACCACCAGAAAGCGCACCGUCCCUACCCGCCGAUCCACUCGCCGCCCGGCAGCCGACGACGAAGCCGCCAGCGAAAGCGAGCACUCUCCACCACCACCGCCACCGCCACAGCCCGCUUCUGUCAAGCUUCAACGGGAGUCACGAACCUCACGGAGACGAGGAGCGCCAAAGAUUUCAUACAAAGAUGUCAGCACAGACGAUGAAGACGACGAGGAUCCCGAUGGCGACUUCGAGCUGGAAGAAGAGCAGGUCAUGACGGUGAGGACACGGCCACGACCUGUCGCGGCACCAUUAUCGCGAUCUGGAAAGACUGUAGGUAUAAAGGGGAGUAGAUCGCGACGUAAGGCGACCAUAGGCGCACCAUUGAAGCCGAACAACGAGGGUCAGGUCGAGCGCAAGACGACGAUUCCCUCCGAUGGGCACAAGCCGGCCUGGGCUUCUCUGCCAUAUCACGUACUCCUCCAAAUCUUUGUUUACGCUUCCCACCCGCUGCACGACGAGAACAUGAAGCCCACCCCCGCGAUAUCAUGGCUUGUGCAGAUGGCCAAGACGUGUUCAGCCUUUACAAAGCCGGCUCUGACGGCUCUAUAUCGAAACCCGCCCAUAUUCGCAACUAGGCAGACACGCAAAGACCUCGUUCAUCACCUCACCGCUCCUCCAUCUGGGGCACACGAUGAUUAUCGCGUCAUGGUCAAGCGAUUAGAGCUAGAUGCGACGCAGAUGACUGCUCUGACGGAUCAUGCCAACAGCGUGACCGAUCUUGCGGCUCUGGUACAGUCACUGACCACACUGCGUGAGAUUGACAUCUUUGAUCCUAUGGAUCGGCCUCCCUUUCGCCCACGACUUAGACGACUUCGGCGCUGGGUAUAUCCUGCUGAACUCUUCGACGCUCUUCGACAAACUAGUCUGCGUUUGAGAAGCUGGCGGUGGAACAGCACGUUCUGUAGCCAAGGACCUCUAUGGAUCAAGACGAUUCACACCGACCAUGCUUUCCAGAGCCUUCGCGAUCUAACAUUGACUAAAUUCCAUCCUGAAGCCACUCGUGGGGAUCCUGAAGAACAUCAGGGCGAGCCAACAAUAGAGGAGCUGUUAGCAUCUGCGCUGGCUGUGCUUCCUAAUCUUAAGUCUCUAUCCUUUGAGACUUGCGGCAUAGUUAGUGGGCGCCUGCUUCCUUUGCUGCCCACGAACCUCACCAGCCUCAGCAUCGUGAACUGUGGCGAGCUACUCUCCGAUUCAUUCUCGGAUUUCCUGACUACCCAUGGCUCUCAGCUUGAAGAACUGACCCUCAAUCACAACCAGGCCCUGGACAUGUCAUUCCUAGUUGACUUGAAACGCUCUUGUCCCAAGCUUGAGGUUCUAAGGAUGGACACAACCUACUACAGCUCUCUAGUCAUGUCUGCUGACAACGAACCUCUCUACGAGACACUUCUUGGUGAGAGCGAAAUGCCUACCUGGCCAACAACACUUCGAACCAUAGAUUUCCAGUAUCUACGCAAGUGGAAUUCGAAGUCUGCCGACAACUUCUUCAAUUCGCUCAUCAACUCCGCCGAAGAAAUGCCCUGGCUGCAGGAGAUCACCAUUAUCGCCAUGGUGGACACCGACUGGCGCCAGAGAGCAGAGUUCCGGCAGAAGUGGAGUGCCAAGUUCAAGAAGGUCUAUGCAAGAAGGUGGGAAGCACCUGAUCCUAACCUCGCGUCUCUGAGGGCCUUUAGGGAAUGGAAGGAUCGUGGCGGUGAGGAAGAGAGGGUAGACUCGUUCAUUGAGGGCAUCUCAGAAGAAACGUCAAAACCCGAAGCAGUUGUCGUAGACGACUGCAGUAGUAGUGACGACGAUGCUCCACUACUACCAUCGCGCGCUCAGAAGCAAGAUGAGCGAUGGGGUUCGAAGCGUCUCCGCUCUCGCUCAAAAGCAGCGACCAGCUACGAUGAGGAGUCAAACGAAGACUCCGCCUCCGAAGAAGAUGUGUCAGAUGAAGAGGAGCCAUUCGUGCAAGGCCGGUGUCACACAGUAAUCUUCCGCAUCGACAACUUCCGUCCUCGCGAAGAGAUCUUCAAUGAAGCUGACUUUCUUGACGCGGAACCCAGCGGCGACGAAGAGUGGAACGGUAAUGAGGAUGACGACAACGACAACGGAGGCGGGUCACGAAAGUAUUAUUAUGUCCAAAUCAGCACCGGCGUCUCGCAAUGGGAACUGCCCACCAGCGAAGCCCCCGUAGGCGGCUCCUCCAACCACAGCACUCCGGCGCAAUCAACGAAUCCAUACAACGUGCCCGGCACAUCAGGUCCAGACGGCGCGGGUGAUGGAACAAGAGGCAUGGGCGACGGCCCGACUGGAGACAGGGCAGGCGGACUGGGUGGCUUUGCGAUGAACGCGCUUAUGGGAAACAAGCAGAGUGGUAGUGGAGGCCAUGGCGGCGGCGGCUCGGGAAACCUCGUUGGCCAACUCGCGGGGAGUUUCUUGGGCGGUGGGAAACAACAUGGCGGUUCUUCUGGCGGGCACUCUGGUGGCGGUGGCGGUGCCGGCAACCUUGUUGGACAGCUUGCUAGUGGUCUGCUAGGUGGUGGGAAGCAGCACGGAAGUUCGUCUGGAGGUCAACAUGGUGGCAGUUCUUCCGGAGGCGGGCUUGGAGGCAUGCUUGGGAGCGUACUCGGUGGUGGUGGAUCGCACAACAAGCCAAACAACGGCGCUGGCGACUACGGCUACUCUGGUGCCUCUUCAGGCGGAACCUACACCGGCACCGCACCGCCAACUUCCUACAACCACAACGCUCAAGGUGGCCAGUACGGCAGCGGUCCUCCAAGUCACGGACAACAAUAUGGCCAGGGUCAAGCCCACGGCGGCUACGGCGGCUCACAACAACACACUCCCCAGCCACAGCACGGUGGCCAGCAACAUGGCUAUGGCUCGCAAGCUGGUUUCGGCGGUCAAUCAGGAUAUGGUGGGCCAGCACCAGGUUACGGGCAAGGACCACCACAUGGGGGUCCACCAGGUGGCUAUGGACAACAAGCUGGCUACGGAGGCCCUGCUUAUGGUGCACAAAGCGGUCCUUAUGGCGGCCCUGGCAACUAUGAUCAACAUCAGCACAACCAGUAUGGUGGUGCUCCUACGCAUGCUAACCAAUAUGGUGGUGGAGGCCAGCAGUAUCCUCCUCCUGGUCAGCACCAGGCUGGCUACGGUGGCCCUCCAGGUGGUCACCAUGCACCACAGCCUGGUUGGCAGUAA